UAGCUCAGCAUAUUUUGCAUGAAAAAGGAAGUGCAGCAGUUACUACAACCAAAGUUAAAACAGCUCAGAUACAGGAAGAGAAACGUACACAAUGGCUGUACACACAAAGACAAAAAUAUUCUACAUUUCAGUAGGUUUUUGGCUUAUUUUAGGUGUUGAAAGCUACGAUGCUUGGACAAACCAAAUAUUAACUGUUCAGACUGGAGGAUCUGUCACCAUCCCAUGUUAUUAUGACAAGAAAUACACACAGCAGAAGAAAUCCUGGUUCUCAGAUAUUGAUCAAACAUACACAUACACAAACACAAACACAACAGAGCAGAAUCUGUCAGUAAUUGAUCAUCCUGAUCAGAGUUUCUUUAUUGUGACUAUGAGAAACCUGCAGAAUGAAGUCUCUGGAGGUUAUCGUUGUAUUGUGGGCACUGAAGGAAUAAUGGCUACCACAUAUGAGGUUUAUAUCAAGGUUCAAUCUGCUCCUGAUGUGUCUGUGGUGAGCAGCAGUGUAUCUGGACAUGAAGGUGGUGAUAUCAGUGUUAAGUGUCUCUACAGUUCUGGAUAUCAGAAUAAAGUCAAACGGUGGUGCAGAUAUAAAGAUCAGAGAUGUUACACAGUGGGGAGGACUGACACAUCCCAGAAUUCAUCAGUGCAGAUCAGAGAUGAUGAUGGGAGAAGAUCCUUCACUGUGCUGAUGACUGGACUGAGACGGACUGAUUCUAGCUGGUACUUCUGCUCUGCUGGAGGCGUAAUUAAUCCUGUUCACAUCACUGUAACGAAGGCAGAACCAGACAAAGAGAAAGACACAGAUAAUGAACUCCUGACUGUGUUGCUUCUAGUUUCAGCUGCGCUUCUGCUCUUACUGAUUCUGAUCAGUGUUUUCAUCUGGAGACUGAGACGGAGACCCAAGCAAGAUGAACACCAAAUCAGAGAAAGAAAAAUCAGCAGCACCACUGACACGGAUCCCGUUAAUGACAUAAUCUACUACAGUACUAUUGAUGAUAUUCCUGGUAGUGAAGCCACGAAGUGUCCAUCAGGUGGAGCAAUAUACAGCAGCAGAAUAUACAGCACUGUGGGUCCACACUGACAGCAACAGUGAGAACAACACAAGAACAGACCAAGAGAAACACAAUCAACAGCAGCGGAAUGGCAUCACAACAAAUAAUUAUUUUUUUUUAGCGUUUUU